AUGAGCUCACAGAACAGAGUUCUGAAAGAAGGCUUUUUGGAGAAGCGGAGUAACGGACUUCUGCAGCUCUGGAAGAAGAAGCGCUGUCUGCUCACCGAUGACGGCCUGAGACUCUACGACUGGAAACGGAGUGGGUCCGAUUCGUCUGCCAAAGCUAAGGAGUUGCGCUUCGAGCGCAUGGCCACUGUCGACUGCGUUGAGUACAAACGUGGGCUCGUCUACUUCACCGUAGUCAUGGCCGGAGGGCAGGAAAUCGACUUUAGGUGCCAGCAGGAAGGCACCCCUUGGAACGCCGAGAUAGCUUUGAGCUUGGUCCGCUUUAAAAAUCUGCUGGCUGUGCAGUCCGGGCGGACCCGCCACCUGGCACACCUGGGCAGCACUGGCGAGGAAGAGGCUCCCGACUUGUGA